AAUUAUGCUUUUAUUCUGGAGGAUUUCCGCCGGAAGUCUUGUGCUCAAUGAAAAUGUCUUCGCCUCGUGUUUGACAGGUGUUACACGUGAGCCUCUGAGUUUGACCCCAGCUGUGAUUCAUAUCUUCCAGUUAAGCCUCUGUGUCUAGUGAGGUGCAGCCCAUAAAUACUAAUACAGCAUGUCCUCCCAGGAAGAUAGGGAUGCAGAGCCGGGCUCUUGCACAUCCGCUUCCUCCUCCGAAAAUGAUGCCCUCCCAACUGGGGACAUCAUCACUGUCACCAUUGGAGCAACAGUGCCUACAGGGUUUGAGCACACUGCUGCAGAAGAAGUCAAGGAAAAAAUUGGGGUUGAUGCAGAAAUCAGCAAAGAUCGUGGUCGCAUAUACUUUCCAAUAACGUCUGACAAGCUUUACCAGGUCCAUCAAUUGAAGUCCGUGGACAACCUGUUUGUUGUGGUUGAGGAAUAUGAUCAUUACCCGUUCAAAGAAUCAAAGGAGGAGACAUUGAUGGAGAUGCAGCAGCUUGCCCCCAAUCUCCCCUGGACUAAUGCUUUAGAGAUUUGGAAACUCAAUCGCACCCUAAAAAAGAAAAAAGGCUUCAGAAAAGGUGGAAAUGGCACCAAAGUUAAACCUACUAAUGGUGAGGCCACAGAUGCAAACGUCGCUGACACUGAGCAGCAAGAACUACCUCAGGUGGAGUCCGCUGCUGAAAGCCUGACGAAGUUAGAGAUCACUGCUAACACGGCCAACAGCACGCAGGACUCGGAGGAGGCAGAACCCAAGACCAAAGUCAUCAAGUUUCGUGUGACGUGCAGCAGGGCUGGUGACAAACACAGCUUUACCUCUAAUGAUGCAGCCAGAGACUUUGGCGGGGCCGUGCAAGAAUUCUUCCAGUGGAAAGCAGACAUGACAAAGUUUGACAUCGAGGUGUUAGUAAACAUACACAAGGAAGAGAUGGUGAUCGGCAUCGCACUCACAGAAGAGAGUCUUCACAGGAGAAACAUCAGCCACUUUGGACCCACUACUCUGCGCUCUACCUUAUGCUAUGGCAUGCUCAGGCUGUGUAGUCCUCAGGCAUCCGAUAUAAUACUGGAUCCAAUGUGCGGGACAGGAGCUAUACCAUUGGAGGGGGCCAUUGAAUUUAACAGCUCUUUCUACAUCGCCGGUGACAACAAUGACAUGGCAGUAAAUCGCACAGUCAAUAAUAUAUGUCACAUCCAGAAACGGAGGGCAGCUAAGGGCAGUGCAUCUGGAUUGCCCAUUGACACAGUGCAAUGGGAUCUGUGCAACUUACCCAUAAGGACCGGCUCUGUUGACAUCAUCAUCACCGACAUGCCCUUUGGGAAGAGAAUGGGCUCUAGGAAGAAGAACUGGGACCUGUACCCCUCUUGUCUGAGAGAAAUGGCCCGUGUUUGCACACUGGGUUCAGGAAAGGCUGCCCUGUUGACACAGGACAAGAAAUGCUUUUCACAGGCUAUCUCGAGGAUGGGAGGACUGUGGAAGAGGCUGCACACUGUUUGGGUCAAUGUCGGGGGUUUACAUGCUGCAGUCUACCUCCUCAAGCGGACCACUGGCGUGUUUGGCCAAACUCCGGAAGAUGUCUAUGAAUCACGAGGAACGGUUAAAGCACAGGGGGAAGAGAAGGGGGAUAAAGAUCUCUCCUAAUUCACAUCCUGCGUUUAAGUUCUGAGUUUACAUUUGAGGACAUGUAGGUUCAACAUAAUUUAUAUUUCCUUUACCGAUUUUUACUUUUUUUCUUAAUACAGGUUCUCUGGUUAACCUUGCCAAGCAGUUAUAGCGUAUCAUUUUUACAAACUAUUUUCAUGUUCAGCAGCAGUUUAGUGGCUCCCAAACCUUUUGUUGAGUGAAGCAGUUCAUUCGUCAUAUUGCUGUUCAGAAGGCUGCUAAGAGUUGUUUCACUGCACACCUCAGAUCCGCUGUGUCACCUUUACAGGGACUGCACAUUUUCAUAUUGGUCCAGUUAAUAAAGAUUAAAACAAAAAGCUGAUCCUUUAAA